UAAGUUCUGCGCGCUUGCUUUUUUAUUCCGCUUGUUGAUUCUUUCUAUUAAAAAAAUACUUUUACACAAUAAUUCAUUAGAAAGAAUUCCAGUGAAAAAUAGGAUUUAUAUUUUUGUUAUAUCAUAAAAAUUAUUAAUAAAUUUAAACAAUGGAAUUCCUGGAGUACAAUGAUGUUUCAGCAGAGAUUAAAGGAAAUAUGGUCCCAGGUCGUCUAAAAAUGACAGAUCAAAAUAUUGUAUUCAAGAACAGCAAAACCGGCAAAGUGGAGCAGAUCUCUGCUAAUGAUAUCGAGUUGGUUAAUUUUCAAAAGUUCAUUGGUUCCUGGGGCUUAAGAUUGUUUCUCAAGAAUGGCACACUCCACAGAUAUGGUGGCUUUAAGGAGGGUGAACAAGAGAAAGUGGCGAAAUUUUUUAAAACUAACUACAAUAAAGACAUGUUGGAAAAGGAGCUUUCCUUAAAGGGAUGGAACUGGGGAACGGCAAAGUUCAAUGGUGCAGUCCUAAGCUUCAAUGUGGGCUCCAAUACAGCAUUUGAGAUACCCCUGCAUUAUGUAUCUCAAUGUAACACUGGCAAGAACGAAGUUACACUGGAGUUUCAUCAGAAUGACGAUACUCCCAUCUCUCUAAUGGAAAUGCGUUUCCACAUCCCAACUAAUGAGCUGGCGGGAGACAUGGACGCCGUGGAGGCUUUCCACCAGCAGGUUAUGAACAAAGCCAGUGUUAUCUCUGUCUCUGGUGACGCCAUUGCUAUAUUUAGAGAGUUACAGUGUCUCACACCUCGUGGUCGCUACGACAUCAAAGUGUUUCAAACAUUCUUCCAACUGCACGGUAAAACGUUUGACUACAAGAUCCCAAUGUCGACGGUGCUCCGACUAUUCCUGCUGCCGCAUAAAGAUACACGGCAAAUGUUCUUUGUGGUGUCCCUCGAUCCGCCCAUCAAACAAGGUCAGACGAGGUAUCAUUAUCUCGUCUUAUUGUUUGGUAUUGAGGAAGAAACUAGUUUAGAACUGCCAUUCACAGAAGAAGAAUUACAAGAAAAAUAUGAAGGGAAAAUCACAAAAGAAUUGUCAGGACCCACUUAUGAAGUAUUAGCUAAGAUCAUGAAGGUUAUUAUAAAUAGAAGAGUUACGGGACCUGGUGAUUUCCUAGGACACCACAAAACACCGGCGAUAGCAUGCUCGUACAAGGCAGCCGCUGGGUACCUGUACCCUUUAGAGAAAGGUUUCAUCUAUGUACAUAAGCCACCAGUUCAUAUACGUUUUGAAGAGAUCGCCUCUGUCAAUUUCGCUCGAGGUGGUGCCUCCUCCACAAAAUCGUUUGAUUUUGAAAUAGAGUUGAAGUCUGGUAGUGUUCACACAUUCAGCAGCAUAGAAAAGGGCGAGUACGACAAACUGUUUGAUUACAUCACGUCCAAGAAAUUGCAUGUGAAGAACACUGGCAAGAAUGACAAAGCGCUGUACGACGACGACUUCGGCGACUCGGACACGGAGAAGGAGCCGGACGCGUACCUGGCGCGCGUGAAGGCGGAGGCCAAGGAGCGCGAGUCGGACGACAGCGACGGCUCGGACGAGAGCACCGACGAGGACUUCAACCCGGACAAGGCUAAGGAGAGCGACGUCGCCGAGGAGUAUGAUACAAAUCCGUCAUCUUCGGAAGACUCAGAUGCAUCAGGAGGUUCAAAUGAUAGUAAAAAGGAGAAGAAAAAAGAGAAAAAACCCAAGAAGACAAUAACAAUUUCGGAAGCGCCUCGGAAACGCAAGGAAAAGUCAAAGAAACGCGAGAAGGACGCGAACGCACCAAAGCGGCCGGCGACCGCGUUCAUGUUGUGGCUCAACGAGAACAGGAAGAGCAUCAUCGACGAGAACCCCGGCAUCAAGGUCACCGAGAUUGCCAAGAAGGGAGGCGAACUCUGGCGCGAGCUCAAGGAUAAAUCGGAAUGGGAAGAAAAAGCAAGUAAGGCUAAAGAAGAAUAUAACGCAGCAAUGAAGAAGUACAAAGACAGUGGCGCAGCAGCAGAGUUCAAACAGAAGAAGAAGCAAGCAGAAAAGGAACGAAAAGCAGCAGACAAAAAAAGUAAGCCGGCGACAAAGAAGGCGAAGAACACCAGCGCUGGCUCCGGGUCAGGUGGCAAGUUCACAAGUAAAGAGUACAUUGAAGAUGAUGAUUCUAGUUCUUCAGACUCGGAUAAAGACAAGAAGAAGGAUAGUAAAGAAAGUAAAGACACAAAGAAGAGUAAAUCGAAGAGUUCGUCCUCAGAGGCGGAGGCGUCGUCUGGUUCUGGUAACGAAAGCGGCAGCGGGAGUGAUUAAUACCACUCAGUUACAUAAGAGAGAUAAUACCUUGCUAAAAAUUUUAACGUCACGAUCUCUUGGCAAAUUUUGUAGUUACUCGUAAUUAUUACUUUUUCGUUUAAAAAUCUUUAUCGUACAGAAAAAUGGGAUCAAAAGUUUUGUUUCAACUGAAGCUUUUUAACUAGAGAGUAUUGAAAACUUUUUUUUUUUUACAUUUUUCAUUAUAACCAGAUCAGAGAUAGCGGAAAAUAAUUAGAACAACAUAUAAAUAGAUCAUUGCUUGCGUUUUAUAUACAAAACUGUCUACUUUAUUUACGUUAAUAAUAGAAAAAUAUUACUACAUUAUAUAAGAUAUAUUUCUGUACCAUUACUAUUGAAUUUUGAAAUAGUUUCAGAUUAUACAAGGUAAAAUAUUCUCCUUGUGUAUUUUAUAAUUUUGGAUCUAGAGAUAUAAUAGAUAAUAUAAAAACAACAAAAUUUAAUACAAGACUGUGACAUUAGAUUUUAAGCAUACAGAAAUCUCGUAACGUCAACAACUCGAUCUAAUUUAGUUGUAAACAAUUUGUUACAUUUCCAUAUGUGACUGUUUAUCACAAUUGUACAUACCUGUUACAUCUUUGUCCAUGUGUUGUUAUUGGCAAUUAAUGUAUUAUAAUUAAUGACUAAUUAGUAUUCAGAACAAACGUAAUGUUUCCUGCUAUUUUAUGUUAAAGUGGAUUUAGACUGAAUUAACCAAGUCCGAGCUCUUUCUCCCUUCCAUUUUUAUCAACUAUAUAAUAUUAUUUUUAAUUCACGUGGUCAAUUUCGGAUAAUAUGUUUUUCAUAAUAUAAAAUAAAUUUUCAUAUAUUUAAUUUGAUAUAAUGAAGUUCCAUCAAAAAAUAUUGCUACAAUUUUAUUUAGUGUAAAUCUGCUAAAAAGUAUUAGAAGGUAAAGGUACUAAAAGGUAUCUUUUAUUGCAGAAAUAUAUUCGCGUGCAAUUUUUUUUUUCUUUUAAUAUCUCCAGCCAAAUUUAUUUGUCGAAUAUUUUCACACAUCUAUCAGAUUAUUUCAAUGGAAAUAGGAUUUGUAUUUCUAUAAUUAAUUUGUUUUUCAAAUAUGUAAUUGCUGCAGUAAUAAAAGUUUACAGAAUUAAAAUAUUCAAUGUUUGAAAACUAACUGUUAUAGUCAGAAAUAUGUAUAAAGAAAAACAAAUACAAUGUAAAAUUAUCGAUUCUAAUCAAGCACAAUAACUUAAGAAAAUAAACAAUCUAAGGGACACCGUGGCUACUAAAAAGCCAAACUGUCAACAAGUUAACAUAAUUAUUUGUGUUUUAACCUACCUCUUGAUAUUUACUCUUUGUUCUUUUGUCUAAAUCCACAUUUAAAAUUAUUAAUCAUGUUUGUAUGAAUCAACUAUUGUGAUAUUUCUUAUUUCAUUCCCACACUGUAAUACGGUCGUGACAUGAACGUUGUAGAAUUAGUAACCUUUAGUUAUAAAGAAGAUAGCCACUUGAGUAUAAUAAACAAGGCCAUGAUAUGCACUACUAUCUGCUUUUUGUAUUUUGUAGUAAAAAAAAAAUCUUGUUAAAAACAGUUUUCUUUAUAUCAAAAUAACAAUGCAUAUAUAAAAUAAAGAAUUACAAGGCAUAUAGUGUUAAGUCCUCCAUUUACACUAUAUAGGUAUAUUAAAAUAAAUAUAUCUCCAAGUAUAUCAAAAGGAAAACAAAUUAGUUAUAUGUGUUUAUUCAUUAAAAAAAAAUAUCAAACACUAAACUAUUGCAAUCUAUUAAAAUGUUUAGUUCUUAUUGAUAUUUUAAUUUUUUUCCAUUUUAAACCUUUUUAUAGAUUGUUUUACUUCUUUUUUAUUAAUACAGUCGUAAAUUUUUAUUUGCCAUUAUCUACGUAUAAAAAUAGUAUAAACAGCUAUCACAAACGUAACAUACAUAUGAUAAUAUAUAAAAAAAACUAUAAUAAACUUUAUUACAUAACAUAUUUAGUAAACUAUCUUGGCAUAUUAUUGAAAUUAGUCAUCUAAAAAUAAGACCGACAAAAAAUAAUCUCUAUAAUAUAUAUAUAUAUAUAUAUAUAUAUAUAUAUAUAUAUAUAUAUAUAUAUAUAUAUAUAUAUAUAUAUAUAUAUAUAAUUACUACAAAACCUUUUUAUGUUACAAUAAUUACAAAUAGUAUUCAUUUUAUAAACUGUUACAUCGACAAAAAAAAAUUGCUAAGUAAAAAAAAAACAGCGUUCUUUUGAAACUUCACACCGCCCUACUUUGUAGCAAUAUGCUAUUCGUAUAUCAAAUAUAUGCAAAAAAAAAAUAUGUUUUACUUGGACAUUAUUGAAAAUACGAUUAUCAUUAUGUAUAUUUUACGUUCAACGAUAAGGAUUAGUCGAUAUCUACAUAUGCUUAUAGAUAAAAUAUAAUAUUGAUAGUACAUUGUGUGUUAAUUUAUAUUUAUUUCAUAAUAAUACAAAUUCAUACAUUAAUUAAGAGUUGUACCGUAAGAUAUGCACUCCGAUAUAUUAAUAUCGCAGUGUGUGAUGUCAUUUUGUGACAAUACAACAAAUAUAUAGUAGUGGGGUUCUAAAUGUUAAUCACUUAACAUAUUAGAAGCUAGCAUGUUUCCUACGGCUUUGCCGGCGUGAAAUGUUCAGAUUCUGACCACGAUCAUAAUCUGCCUUGUCUUUACUCUCGUGGCUAUUAGGAUAGUAAUUUGUAAAUAUUAUAAUAAGAUUUAUAAAAUUAGUUUACUAUCAGAUAUAACCGAUUUGUGUUUCCGCAGCUGUGUUUAUUGUUUCGACUGUUAAUUAUCAAACAUAUACAUGUAUCAUAAUUCAUUAUUUUUGAACUUUUGUAAUGUUUAAGUUUUUUUUUUUUUUUAUUUGUACGAUCAUACUUAAAAAAUAAAUAUAUAUUUAAUUUUUUUUUUUCGUGUCAUGCAUAGAUGAUAAAAAAUCUUGUAGCCAAAUAUUUUCAAGUGAAACGCCUAUUAUAAUUAAAAACAAUCUUUGGAUCACAGUUUUGUUCACAGUUUGAUCACAGUUGUUUAUAUUUUUCCUGAAAACGAACAUACCGAUAUAAUACAGUGCAAAUAAUUCAAAUAUGUACGAUCUUUUGCCUGUAAAGAUAAAGGACGGCUCUCAGGGGUUCGUUUUUGUUUGCCAAACUAACUUAUACGAGGGUUAAAAUACUGCGAUCUGUUAUUCUAUAAAAAAAGUUCGCCCCGUCUGCUCUACAAAUGCGCAGAGAACUAUUCCCGUGUGAAACCCUAGAGGCAAUAAAAAUUAAUUCAGUUUUCAUUUAAUAAUGUAUUUCUUAUAAUUUUCUCUUUGAUUUUAUUAUGAAACAUCAAAAUGUUUAUUUUAUUAAGCACAGCGAAGGUUUUAUCUGCUGGAUCAGUAAUUUAGUUCGUUUAUUUAAUGUUUCGUCUCUACGUCUGAUGAUAAUGAAGACCCUGCGUCAUUGAGAUAAGAUGCGAAAUUCAGUGUUACCUAUAAGUUAAACGUUUAUUAAUAAACCAUGUUUUGUAUAAUAAAA